UGUUUAUUCUUGCGACCAUCGUAGAACCCCAGGCUGCUGAUGUCGCCGCUCCUGUCCCGCCGGCUGCUCAUUGGUCCAGAGCGGGACACGCCCACCUCCGCCGCGGCCGGCUGGCGCAGAGCUGAGGCCGACCGGGUCACCCCGCCUUCUCAGCUGUGGAUUGGCCCGCGUCAGGACCCGUCGGUCUCGGUUGUGUCUGGGAAGGAGAGAAAAUGGCGGCUGAGCCGAGCAAGACUGAAAUUCAGACUCUUUUUAAGAGGCUUCGUGCGAUUCCAACCAAUAAGGCCUGCUUCGACUGUGGCGCCAAGAAUCCGAGUUGGGCAAGCAUCACGUACGGUGUUUUCCUAUGCAUUGACUGCUCCGGGGUGCAUCGCUCCUUGGGCGUCCAUCUCAGCUUCAUCAGGUCCACAGAGUUGGAUUCCAACUGGAGCUGGUUCCAGCUGAGGUGUAUGCAGGUCGGCGGGAAUGCCAAUGCGACGGUUUUCUUUCGCCAACAUGGGUGCACAGCCAACGAUGCCAACAGCAAAUAUAACAGCCGAGCUGCCCAGAUGUACCGGGAGAAGAUCCGGCAGCUGGGGAGUGCAGCCCUGGCUAGACAUGGCACUGAUCUUUGGAUAGACAAUAUGAACAGUGUUCCCAGUCACUCCCCAGAGAAGAACAACUCUGAUUUCUUCACAGAACAUACUCAACCCCCUGCCUGGGAUGCACCAGCUACUGAGCCCUCAGAGACCCAGCAGCCAGUCCUACCUACAGACAGCAGUGGCCUGGCACAGCCGGAGCAUGGCCCCAACACAGACCUGCUUGGCACCUCACCCAAAGCCUCUCUGGAGUCCGUGUUUCUGUCAGCUAAAGGGGCUCUUCCUACCAGAGAACUGAAAACCUCCAUCAUUGGCAAGAAGAAGCCAGCAGCAGCUAAGAAAGGGUUGGGUGCCAAGAAAGGGCUAGGAGCCCAGAAAGUAAGCAGCCAGAGCUUCAGUGAGAUUGAGCGGCAGGCCCAGGUGGCCGAGAAGCUCCGGGAGCAGCAGGCAGCCGAUGCCAAGAAGGAGGCUGAGGAGUCCAUGGUUGCCUCCAUGCGUCUGGCCUACCAGGAGCUCCAGAUUGAUCGUAAGAAGGAGGAGAAAAAGCUACAGAAUCUGGAAGGGAAGAAGCGUGAGCAGGCAGAGAGGCUGGGCAUGGGCUUGGUAUCCCGAAGUUCUGUCUCCCACUCGGUGCUGUCUGAGAUGUUGGUGAUCGAGCAGGAAACCCCAGUGAGUGCAAAAUCCUCCCGCUCACAGCUGGACUUGUUUGACGAUGUUGGUACUUUCGCCUCUGGACCCCCAAAGUACAAGGACAACCCCUUCUCCUUGGGGGAAAGUUUUGGUUCACGCUGGGACACAGAUGCCACCUGGGGUAUGGACAGGGUAGAGGAGAAGGAACCAGAAGUGACCAUCUCAAGCAUCCGGCCUAUUUCAGAAAGAGCCACAAACCGGAGGGAAGUGGAGAUCCGGAGCUCAGGCCCCGAGUCCAAUGAGGCGUGUCAGAAAUUUGCAGGAGCCAAAGCCAUCUCGUCUGACAUGUUCUUUGGGCGGGAGGUGGAUGCCGAGCAUGAAGCCCGGUCUCGGUUACAGCAGCUCUCAGGCAGCAGCGCCAUCAGCUCUUCAGACCUCUUUGGGGAAGUGGAUGGCACUCAUGGAGCAGGCAGUGUAUCUCUGGGGAAUGUGCUCCCUACAGCUGACAUUGCACAGUUUAAACAGGGUGUCAAGUCUGUGGCUGGGAAGAUGGCUGUGCUAGCUAAUGGUGUGAUGAAUUCUUUGCAGGAUCGCUAUGGUUCCUACUGAUCGGGCUCCAGGGCUCAGGCCUUUGUUGGUAACAGCAAGAAACCUGAUUCCCAGGCCAGGGAUGCUUGCCUUGGGGAAGCUAUGGAGGAUUUGUUACUUUAUAUGUGUGGUGUGUGAGCCGGGUGGCUUUUGAGGACCUUGGGUGAGGGGAAUGGUCAGUACCAGCCCUUGUCCUCUGCCUGUGGAUUGAGCCCUUUAUUCUGUUCCCCUCAUAUCCCUUUUCUUGUGUGCCAGAUUACUGUCCUUCCAGUCCUACACCCCAAAGCUGCUGCUCACUUGCCCUGACACACUGGGAGUAAGGGGAGGGAUUUCCCUUAGGGUGGCUUUUUCUGGGUCCAGCCCUUCCUCAAGUAGGGAGAAUGAAAAGAGUGAGGCUUUUUUUGCUGGCUCUAGGAUCCUUCUGGGUAGUCUGGGGCUUGGGCCUUAGUCCUCUGGAACCAGUGGGGGAGAGGCCUGGAAAGAGUUCUGCUAUUGACCAACCCCAGGGAAGAGAGGCUCUGGACUUACUGCUCCUGCCACCAGGGGCUUCUGGAUGCUAGGAGAGGGCAUGGGAGGAGAUGGACCUUCGUCUGGGCCUUACUAAGGGCUAGAAACUUCACCUGGAACCUGAAGGUUUCAUUUGGGAUCAGACUAGAGGCUCGAGUGCUCUUCUGCUCCUUUCCUGCCUUACCACCCCUUUUAAGAGUGCUCACUUGGACUGUCAGGGGGAGGAUUACUUCUCUUGGGUAUCUCUGGACCACAGGACCCUCUGCCCCUCCUGAGACUUUUCUCUGCCCCUUCUUUGCCUGGUCGGUGGCCUUGGUGGGUCUCAUCUGCCCUGCACCCUGACUUGGGAGGCUGUGUGCCUACUACCGGCUAAGGAAGCAGAGGACAUGAGGGACAGAAGCAGGCCCCUGGGACUCACCUUUCUUCUGCAUCAUCCUGGGCUUAGGUCUGUACAGCACCCCACCAGUGAGCACUUGAGGGGCUGCAGAGCUUCAGGCCUUCCCCUCUGGCAGCUGGGCCUUGCACUGUGUCGUCCUUGGUGCCAUCUUCCCCUGCCUUGCUGGCAGUCUGGGCCCAGCCCUCCCUUUGGGUUGUGGGUUAGGGUCCCAAGCAACACAGACCACUCUACCCCCUCCCCCAAAAGGAUGUGACUUUUCUUUCUGGACUGUUUGUAUUGAAACAAAAUGGUGUCAAAAUAAAGCCCCUCUGGGGCCCAGGGCCCCUGUUGAUCUGA